AUGAAAGUUCUCAGUCGGAUUGACGGGUCCGUAUGCGGCGCGAUACUCUCAACACGACCCUCGGCCACCCGAGCUGCAGUUUCUUCUCGCCAGAAGCUCCGAGACGAUAGACCCCCGAGGGCGCCGGCGUCCCAGUGCCGACGAGAACAAACCAGAGGUGCUCGUUCGCAUGGCUCUCACUGCCCGCAGACUGCCUCAUGGUUGCAGUCAACCUUCCUGCCGGCGCCCUCUCGACGUUCGCAUCUCACUACCUACACCACCCUUCCUUGUCGUCAACGCAUCCAACGAUAUAGCCAUGCGACCGCCGCCGCCGCCGCCGUUGGCCCUCGUUCAGACCACCUGGUAAUCCAGCGGAAGCAAGAUCUUUUGGACUUUGUCGACAGCAAAGAUGUGGGAACGGUGGAGGAACAUCUCGAGAUCAUUCGGGAUCCGUUCCUCAAUAGAUAUGCUCAGCCAGAGCCGCCGAGGCUAACGAUCUCCGAACGUAGAGAGGACAACCAAUACCCCUCGUUUCAAGAAGCACUCCGUGGCGAUAACAGUCUCACUCAAUUAGCCACGUCACUAAGUGCAGCUGUUAGCACCAGAUUAAGACACCCUGGAAGAAUCAGUCUUGACACGAUAUUCAACAUGUACUCAGCUCUACCGGAGCCGCGGAUGAUUCAGAUUCCAGCCCAUCUGCGCCACCGACUCCUUACCGCGUUCGGCACGCCGAAGAAGAAGGAUUCGCAGACCAUGCUGCGAUAUUUUUCUCUCAUCGGAGAAGUGAGGGAUUGCGGUCUCUCUCUACGACGGAACGAAUGGAACCAUGCCUUGUCAUUCGCAAGCCGAUAUGUCGGCAAAACCACUGAGACAGAGGCUGAAGCUGCUCUGCAAUUGUGGAAGGAAAUGGAGAGACAGGCAAAGGUGCCUGGCAACGACGUCACAUUCAACAUUCUGUUCGAUGCAGCGUCAAAGUCUGGAAACUUCCAAUUGGCUGAGCUUAUUUAUAAAGAGAUGGAAACCCGGAAGAUCCCCUUCAACCGGUACCACCACGUCAGUCUGAUUCACUUCUUUGGGCUCAAGCACGACGCUGAUGGCGUGCGGGCGGCAUACAAAGAGAUGGUCGAAGCUGGGGAGAUGGUUGACACGGUUGUUCUCAACUGUGUCAUCUCCAGCUUGCUCAGAUGUGGAGAAGACGAGGCGGCUCUAAGAGUUUACGAGCACAUGAAGGCCACACAUUCCAAGGCAGCCAGCCUGCCCGACAGAGACUAUGUCGCACACAAGAUGGUUAAUAAGGUGCUUGGAAUGUUCACGAAGGUGGGCAAGAAACACCCAGAAUUACGAGCCCAAUUGCAAGAACUUGCAGACACCACACCCGACAUUCGGACCUAUCGAGCUCUCAUCAAUCACUUCGCCAUCAAGGCCGGCAACCUCAACAAGGUCGCGCAGUUCCUUGAUGAGAUGAAGUGGUUUGAGGUACCCGUUCAUGGAAGCAUUUUUCUGAUGCUUUUUAAGGGAUUCAACACGCAUGGCGGGCUCCCUGGCUCCGAAUGGAGCAAUUUGCGGCUGCACAAUGUCCUGUCAGCUUUGACACAAGCUUUAGAUGAGAAGUCAGGGGCUGUAUACCUUGACACAUGGCUUAUGAUGUGGGCGCUGCGGGCAUUUAUGAGAUGUACAAAUAAAGAGACGGUGCUAGACGUGUACGAACAGUUUAAGCAGAGAUGGAGACUGGAGGAAGAUAGAGCUCAGUUCAUGGAUGCGUACAUCAACAAUCUGUUGGCAGGAAGGGAUUCGGCGGUAUAUAAAGAGUCGAUGCCCACACGGAAAAAGGUCAAGGCAGUCAGGAAACGGCCUGUGUAA